AAAACUUCUGCUAUAUGAUACCUCUUUCUCACAUUUUCACCACGAUGUUUAUUCGUGCACAGGACCCACUCACGAAUGGCAUGAGACUCGAAAGUCAGCAGAUCUGCAUCAGCGAGAACGAGAAUGAGGUUUGAUUCCUCUCCGCCUCAUGCAACACAUGUUAUAUCUGUGACCCAAGCUCGGUUCCCGUACUCCGAGUGCAUGCGAUCUGCGGAUCUCUGUUCUGUCCAAGUUACGCUAGACAAAGCCGAUGUAUUCUCGACCAGUGAUCUGGGUCCCGGAUUUGAGUCUUCUUUGAUAAGCCUCGACCGUAUGGAAGGAUUGUUUCUGCUGACCGACAUGAAUUGCUUAGAGAAGUUCAUAGUUCUCCGAUACUAAACUUUGAAAUUCUUCAAGUGAGUGCUUUUGCAGAAUUGAUGCUGACUCCCCUGCAUUUGACCUUUCUCGUGUUCCGAUUUAGCGACGAGUGGUGUUUCAGUGGAUCAUAUUACACGCAAUCUAACGGAAGAGGUUCCGCUUGUGGAGAUUCUUUUGAAAUUCCCAAUCUCCAGUCUCCCAGGGGAGUUCGGUCGACUGCGACAUUAGUCGGAAUCUCGACGUGCUGGCAUGAUGAGCGUGAAAAGACCAAUUGGUGCUGUAGCGGUGAAUGUGAUCUUCAGGUUCCGGAUCCACGUCGAGAUUCACCGCUACAGCACCAAUCGGACUGUUCUACGCUCAUCAUGGUCAGUUCUCAUCUGUUUGACUAAGAUUUCAGAGAGGCCUGGUCCUAUCAUGCGACUUACACCUCAGCGCGAUUGUGCUUCCCACGUUUUUCUGCUGGUUUGCAGGUCAAGAGACUUUGAGUGUGCAGGAUCGAUCUCGUUUUUGCACAAGGCUUUUUUGACAUGUUGAUUUGGCAUUGUCUUGAUUGUUCCUGUAACUAACUAAAGGCGGGUGUGGAGAUAUGUCUAUUCUUCUACGUCCUUGUAGACACAGUUUCUGAAAUAGCGAGUGAUUAGAUACUCAGGCAACUUGUACAACCGGACGCAGCGAGGUUGUGGAAGAACGCGAACUCUGUUACCAUUGGACCUGGCAGCAACCAAUUUUUUCACGGCGUUUUGAAUUGAAUACCUCUUUCGGUAUACAGUAGAAACCUUCCUUGCUUGAAUCAUGACAGGGAAAAUUGCUCAAUUUGGUCAAACUUUGAGGUUUGCUGAGCCUGUAAGCCUUUCUGUGCGUAACCUGGUCUUCUAUAUGUAUACGAUGUAACGACGAAGGACAAUAUGGCGUCAAGAAGAUUGGCCUUCGAAACUUGGACGAUAUACCCGGCGAUGAACAUCACGUUCCUUCUCGCAAAAGGUAAAGCACUGCAAACUCUUGCAUAGGAUUGUCAAUCUUGUAAACAAACAUGUAGAAGUAUGGAGUGAAAUUUCGACGGGGAUGUUUGAUCACAAGAUUGUCGCCGUGUAACAAUGUAAACUAGACACAGUAUAGAAUUUCAAAUCAUAGAAGGUUGUAAAAUCUAUUUUCAGUUCUGAGAUUAUCUGUCUAUGAUAUCCUGGUAUUGGAAUCAAGGUUUAGCAGCCUUCUUAACCUUUGUUAGUAAUUUGGCAUUGCAAAGAUUGUAUUUUACUUCGUAUCCAGUGCGGCUAAACUCCCUUAACUUCUGAAAAUUCUCUGAUUUUGCAAAAGUUUUACUCGCUCUUUUUUUCACCACGGUCACAUCAUGGUUGAUUUUACUGG